CUUUAAGGGCGUUGUGAAUUAUCGGUUGCAUUUUCUGGAUCGAUUGACACGAGACUAUUCCAAACAGCAGCAGGAUGAACAGCGCAGCAGUCAACACGUUUGGCAACGUGCCCGGCUACGAAGGCAUCAUGGCAGGAGGAGGCGGUUACCUGCCCCCUCCUUUUCCCAUGGUGCCCGUGGCCCCGCCCCAACCCAGCCUCAUGCCUGACGACUGGAGCAUCCCCAUUCUGUCAGAGGAUGUGGCUCGUGAGGCGUUCAAGGACUACGCGUCGUCUCAUUGCUGCUACAGUAAAAGCCCCGUGAACGACGGAGUCAUCACCAACAUGGAGCCGUUCAACACCUUUAGGUAUCGACUGGAGACGUUCACCGAGUCGCGGCAAACAGAGCCGGCCGAAAAACCUUUUGAAGGUGAGACGGCCGACUUCUACACCCAGCCGGCCCCCCGGCCCUGGGAGGUCCCGGCCACGGCUCCCACCCUCUUCACCAAGCACAAGGAGGAGAUCCGCGUGCCCUACACCUCCUCCAUCAAGGAGUGCCAAAGCUGCCACAGCGUUGGGACGAUGCCGUGUGAUGAGUGCAAAGGAGAUGGAUAUAUGGCGUGCAUGGUGUGCGAUGGCGCUGGAAGCAAGAACAAUGAGAACUGCAGUAGCUGUAACGCUACAGGCAAAAAGAGCUGUCCCGCGUGUAAAGCUCGUGGAACGCAGGACUGCACAACCUGUGAAGGAAAAAAACAAAUGCUGGCGUACAUCAAGCUCACGGUGGAGUGGACUAACAAUGUGGAGGACUACGUGGUGCAGCAGACCUCGGGUAUGAAGGUCGAUCUUAAGGAAGUGACCGGGAAGGAGCUGUUCAAGAACAACCAGAGCCUGCUCUACCCGCUGACCGGGUUCCCAAACCCGGACAUCUCCGAGGCCUCUGAGCGUCUCAUCAAAGACCACCAGAGCAAGUACGCCGCAAACUCCAGGAUCCUGCAGCAGAGACAGACCGUCGAGUUGAUCCCGAUCACCAAAGUGAACUACAAGUGGAAGGCCAACUCUCACCUCUACUUCGUCUACGGCAACGAGCAACAAGUCAACGCCGACAAUUACCCGGCAACCUGCUGCUGUGUCCUCCAGUAGACACUCACUCACACCCACACACACACACACACACACACACACACACACACACUCACACUCACUGACCUAAACUGUUUUUUAAGGUAUCCUACCUCCAGGAUAAUUUUAACCAUCAACUGCACUCGUUAAGAGUUUUCCACAAAAAGCAUCCAACUAGACGAGAGUGGAUUAUUAGAAGUAAUCAGGUCAAAUUUAUGCAGAUUAACCUGCAUCGGCUGGUGGAUUUUAUUUUUGGUAGGACCAUCCAAUCAAUUUUCAGCAAACACCCCAGUAUGAUUACAUUUUCAAAAAAUUAGUUAAAUAUUUAAUAUUUAUUCCAAUGCUGACAUAAGGAAAUCUUAUUUAUCCCAUUCAGUAUAUAAAUAUAUAUAUAUAUCAUAAUAAUAUUCAGUAUAAUAUGAUUCAUAAAUACCUUCUAAUGUAAAUAUACAUAGAAUAAAUAGCUCAUUAUUAGCUUUUGGGCCAGAUGACUUUGGGCUGAAUCUACUUUAGGAUGCUGAUUGGCUGAGUUGUAUAUCACUCAUUUAUAUCGUUAAUCAGUAAUUGGCUAAACUGAUUCUUAGCCUCGCCUCUUCUGGGCCAAAACGAUCCGACCCCAGCUCAGACAUGCAGACAGGCGGAGAGGAAAAGCAUAUUUUUUUGCGCAGAUAUAUUAUUUUACAAAUAUUACUGGGUAUAUUCCAUAUCUCCAAAACACAAAUACUUAUAAAUAUAAUGAAUAUUAUUAGUAAAAAAAAAUUAUACUUUUUUUGUGUGUGUGCGUGUGUGUGGCUUAAGGUGGGUGGGGCCUGGCCCCCGUGGCCCUCUAGUGGCCAGCCGCCACAGUAAUCCUGCAUGUCACUCAAAGAGAACCACUUAAAAAAUUGUUUAGAAUAUGUGAAAUUAAUUUAUAACUGAAACAUUUUACAAAUUUAAGUUUCAGUUUUGUGACAAAUAACUUUCAUAGUACUGGCAAUUAAAAUGUUAGAUUUUAAAGUCUCAAAACGAUCCUGGAGGGACUUUAAAAAACGUCCUCAUUGCGGACAUUUCAAGACGUCGUGAUGCUCCACCAGGUGUCCCGACGGGAGAAAGCAAGAGACAAACAAAUAACAUCCAGAUACAUUUUAAUCCGUCACAUCAAUACCUGAAUAUUUAAGUCCACAUGUAUAAUUUUAUUGUUAAAUCGAACGUUUUUUACUCCAUUGUUGAUACCUGUGUUGACCGUCAUGUCUCGUUACAAAACACUUUUACUGAACACACAUUAUGCAAGCAUGUGCCAUUUAAUUCUAAAACGAAAACCUCAUAUGUCCACGACGUGUCGUGGAAGUCAGAAAAAUUUACGACGAAAUAAAACGUCAAUCGAACGUGCGGGGCAGCUACAAAUUAGGAAUCUGAGUUUUUUUUAUCGGUUAUCCUAUUUUAUAUUUUACCUGUUUGUUAUCGGAGGAUGGAGUAAGUGAAUUCUGAGGAAACGGUUAAAUAACUAAAUGUUCUAGUUCGUGAUUACGUAAUCUACCUAAUGUUUGUCACAUUCAACUUUGAAGACGCAAAACUCACCAAAGUCUAGAAACCGUGUUCCUCAAUACUUCGUACCUGUGUUGUUUUUAAAGAAAGGAUCAUGUGCUUAGCAUCGCCUGUUAAUGCCUUUUUUGUUGCUCUGACUCUCAGCCAAUCGGCUUGCUGCGGUGCUGAAAGGCAUUCUGGGUAGGGAACUGUAUACUGUUUUGACAGUACAUCCCUGAAGCAACCAGAAACAGAUGUCAAGUUAAAAUCUCUUUCUUUUUUUACACCUUUUUUAUUUAUUUUUUAUCUUAAAGCUCUUUGAUGCUUAAUGCUUAAUAAUCAAGGUUAUUUUUCUUGAGAUCUCGAAAUGUUUUGGAGAUGCAAUUUUCUUUUUUUUUACCCGACAACCACAAUAAUAAACGAUUUUAGUAUUAGAACUCGUAGAUUACAUCCUCAAGUUACAGAAAUGAACGUGCAGAGGAAUGAUAUGGUCUCGGAUCAUUUCCACACAGUUAAAUAAAGCCAUAACACAAUGUCCAAAACACCGAAGGUACCUCUGCACAGCAGUGCUUCUCACCUGCACUACAUAAUCACAACAUCGCCAUUGCAUAUUCAUUUUUAUUCUCUUUAUUUUUUGCUACUUAGUUUAGAACAGAACUGAUGUCGUGUUUACUGACCAACAUUUCACGCCAGGACAAAAAAACUAAAACAAUCUUGUGCCUUUUUAAAAACAACCCCGCUGCAGUACAGUACGCCUCCUGUAGAGGGCACUGUGGCGUUUAACACACUCUGCUGCGCAUCAGGGAACCAACUGGACAAAUGAACCCUUCAGAUUUAUACGUUUUACUGCUUGUGUGUAAAAUGACCACAUAUAUAUAUAUAUAUAUAUGCCUAUUAAUACAAUUAUAUGACUUUCUUUCCAUUCUACAUUUCAUAAUACUCAUGUUUUUUAUAUUUCAUAUCCAUAUGCACGGUGCUUAUUUUUCCUAUUCGGGUUGUUUCCAGACACCGGGACUGUUUUCCCCUUGUGAGUGUGUGUGUGUGAGUCUAUGUGUGAGUGUGUGUCAUCGUGGCAAAAUGUGGUCAUCGAGAGAGACGCCGACGUAGUCGACAUCUUUGUUUAUGUUCCUGUCGGUCUGCUCGUGGACGUUCAGCCGUGAAACUUUCCAGGUGUUUGAGAUCAAAAGGGAGGUUGAGUUUAAAGAGCGGCUGCAGAUGGCAGGAUGCCCUCGCAAGAUGGCCUCUAAAUUUUCAUUUGUUUUCUGUCCUCAGCCAGAGUCUCUUGUCUCAAACUAAAGUCGCGUAUGUUGGAAUGUGAUGAACCAUUUUAUUGAUCUCUUUAUCUGCAACGCAAAUGCCUUUUAAAAACCGGGGUUUUCAAAGUCUGAGACUGUGAAGCCUCUCCUCAAACACAACUCGGCUGAGUUUACUUUGAACACACUCAACUAUUGAGCCUCACAUGUGACCACAGCAAAUACAUUGUGGAUGAGUUUCUGACUCUAGGAAUGUGGGGGUAACAAUUCAAUUCAAUUCAGUUUAUUUGUAUAGCCCAAUUUCAGAAAUUACAAAUUUGUCUCGGAGUGCUUUACAAUCUGUACACAUUGACAUCCCUGCCCCAAAACCUCACAUCGGAUCAGGAAAAACUCCCAAAUAACCCUUCAGGGGGGAAACAGAGUAUCAGAGUCCCUCAACUCUUUAACCACAUCUCACACAUUUAGGCUGUUUUUUUAAUCUUCUUAAAGCCUUGUUAGGACGCCUCCCACUUUGAAAACCUCUGCCUUUAUACAACCAUCUCUACUACUACCCUGACGGACCUGAUGGUGAUAUUACUCUGUCAUACUCAAUAUUAACCGCAUGAAACUGUUGAUGCUGAAAAUAAACUCUUGAGACUCAA